AUGGAUGGAUACUCAGGAGAAUGUAACUCGUGCCAGGUUAUCAACUCUGUUAGACUUCGGGGACCAGAAAGUUCUAUUGGUAGAGGUCGUGUGGAUGUAUUUUACAAUGGAGAAUGGGGAACAAUUUGUGAUGAUGGCUGGGAUAUAAACGAUGCUAAAGUUGUUUGUCGACAACUCGGUUAUGACUAUGCUGUCAGGGCUUUACUAGGAGGUAAUGUUCCAAAUGGCAGUGGAAGAAUAUGGUUAGACGAAGUUCGUUGUGUAGGAAAUGAAAAUAAUAUUUCGAGUUGUUCACAUGGUGGAUGGGGAUCGCAUAAUUGUACACAUGAUAAAGAUGCUGGUAUACAAUGUUCAGUUUUCAACUCUGUUAGACUUCGGGGACCAAGAAGUUCUAGUGGCAUAGGUCGUGUGGAAGUAUUUUACAAUGGAGAAUGGGGAACAAUUUGUGAUGAUGGCUGGGAUAUAAACGAUGCUAAAGUUGUUUGUCGACAACUCGGUUAUGACUAUGCUGCCAGGGCUUUACUAGGAGGUAAUGUUCCACAUGGAAGUGGAAGAAUAUGGUUAGACGAAGUUCGUUGUGUAGGAAAUGAAAAUGAUAUUUCGAGUUGUUCACAUAGAGAAUGGGGAUCACAUAAUUGUAGACAUAAGGAAGAUGCUGGUGUACAAUGUUCAGGCUAUGAGGAAAGAUCCUAGUGAUGGGGAAUCAUGUCAAAGAAAUACACUAAAAACCUAAUUCUAAUCGAAGAUGCUUUUCGUAAAAAGUGUCGUGGAAAAUUUGAAAGCUUAUGUAGAAAAUGCUGUGUGUUUGACAUUUUUAUCCAUUGUUGAAAUGUAUCUGUAACACAAAACUACGUGUAAACAAAUUUUAAUCAACCAUGUUAUCAUAUAAAGUAAAUGUACAUAUUAUCAUAAUCAAUAAAAAAAAAGUAAAAUGAUAAAGUUUCAUUUCUGCUAAGAAUAAAUAUUAUUGACAAAUCAAA